AUGAUUGCCAAAACGUCAUCCAUCGUCUUUGCAUCUGUCUUGAUGACUCGUCAUCUCGUUUCUGCUCAGUUUGAUGGAUCUUUCACCCUUUGGAGCGAGCCUGGCUGCGGAACUGAUCCUAAGGUUGCUUUCAAAGAACAUAGUUCUGCGCCGAUCAUGUUCGUAAAGGGUGAGAGUAGUUGCAGCGGGGGCAGCAUCGGGUUGGAGGGGUUCACGCCAGCCGAGGGCAGGUUUUCAACUUACAUUGACGGGAGUUUUCUCGGAGAAGACUGCAAAUUGGUGUUCUACGAUUCGCCCCCGGAUGGUGAAUCAAAGCGCUACGAUUGCUGGACCGGCACUCCUUAUCGGGUAUUAAAGAAGAAUUCGGGCUGCAUCAACGUCCCAGUGUCGGAGAAGUUCAUAUAUGCUUAUUGUUGUGGCAAAAAGUGUGAUGGAUUUCUCCCAGUGCAGAAACGGGAAGAACUAGCUUCCACCACGAAUCGCGACAUCACCAAGAUCAAGCGAGCAGCUAUUUUUGAGCGAGGGCCAGGAAAAUGCAACUUCAAAAAGACUGGAGGCGACGUUGAAAUCACGUAUAAGAGGGGCCAGAAGACUGGCCAAACGGUCAACUGCCCCACUACCAAGUCUGAAUGUGAGGUUAAUGGAGAAUACUCAUCAACCGUAGGCGUCAGCAGAUCCACGUCGGACACGAACUCCAUCUCUGUGGGAGCGAGUGGAGGAAACCCCUUUUUUCAGGUCACCGGCUCAUAUGGCCACGAAUGGACUUCCACUACGGAGAACUCAAAUUCCGAUUCUUGGAGCCAAUCCUACUCCCUCAAAAUCCCUGGCGGCUCAUCUGGGUACCUUGUUUUCAAAGCUAAGAUACUAUGCUCAAAAGGCACCUUUGAGGGCGACGGAUGCGACGAGGCUCUCAAAGGCCAGGAUUCAGACUGGUGCGUUCCAGCCUUCACUACAGGGUCUGGAGGCAAGCCCGUGCCUGAUGGCACCUGGAGCGUUCUUAUGCUCUGA